AGUCUCUUUGGAGUUCUGGCCAGGCGGAGCUAGCAGACGGUGUGUGUGUGGCCGCUUCGUGUCUCGUAGAACCCCCGGCGCCAUCUGGCUUGUUCAUAGUGUGUGUGUGUGUGUCUGAUCUGAGUUUCCUCCGAAAACCGCAAAUAUGGCUUCCAAGGCGGUUGUCUCAUCCUCAAGCAAAAUUUCUAAGAUGUCUUCCAGCUCUUCCACUCAAAUGGUCUGCUCCAGCUCCAAGAAAGUAGCUUCCAAGACUUAUUCCUACAGAACUGGAACAGCUCCCGAUGAAAGCAAUGUUACUAUCGAGUACAUCACAGACAUCAGUAAUGUAUCGCGUCUGGAGGACAAGAUCCGUCUGCUUAUGGAAGACAUCGAGUACGAGAGGGAGCUCAGGCAGAGGGUUGAACGAGAGAAGGCUGACCUCAGUGUUCAGGUGAUUCAACUCUCUGAACGUAUCGAAGAGGUAGAAGCUGGCGCCGAUGGUCAGGUUGAGAUCAACAAGAAGCGGGACGCGGAGCUGGCCAAGUUGCGUAAGCUGUUGGAGGAUGUGCAUCUGGAGAGCGAGCAGACCCAUCACAUGCUCAAGAAGAAACACCAGGAGGCCGUCGUGGACUUCCAGGACCAGAUCGACAUUCUUACAAAGUCCAAAUACAAGGUGGACAAGGAGAAGGCUAAGUUCCAACAGGAAUCCUACGAACUGACGGAACAGCUGGAGAAAGUGACGCUAGAGUCGGCCAGUUACCACAAGAGCAUCAAGAGUCUCAACAUCACCAUCCAGGAAAUGAACAUUAGGAUUGAGGAACUGAACCGCACCAUCGUCGACAUUACUUCCUCCAAGCAGCGCCUCAGUGUGGAGAAUGUGGAACUGACCAAGUCUGUGCAGGAGCUGAAGGUGAAGAUUGAAGAAGUGAACUACUCCCUCAAGUCCAGCGGCAACUCCCUCGAGGAGUACAGGAGGAGGUUCGAUGUUGAGGAAGCGCGCCGCCGUAAACUGGAGAGCGAGAUCCACUCCCUCAACAACGAGCUCAAUGCCCUCAAGAGGUCCUACGAAGAGGAGUGUGAGCUGCGCAUUGACAUCGAACGCAAGUUGAGCAGUGAGUCAGCUCUUACCCUACAGUACAAGAGCAAAUACGAAAUGGAGUGUCGCAUUCACCUGGAAGAAGUUGAAGAGAUCAAGAAGAAGAUGCACGUGAGGAUCGUCGAGUUGGAGGAACACUGCAGCAGCCUCAGCCAGAAGGUCUCCGCCCUCGAGAAGCAGAAGAGCCGGCUCUCACAGGAGAUUGAGAUCAUGAUUCUCGACUUGGAGAAGGCUAAUGCAAACCACCGUGAAUGCAAGACCCGACUUGAGACUGUUGACCGUGAGUACAAGACACUGUUGGUGAAGUACGAGGAACUCAACAUGCUGUACGAACAGACAAGCAAGGACCUCAAGGUGCGUGUGGCUGAGUACAACAAGGUGACCAACGAACUGGAGCACGUCAAGGAUGUCUUCGAGAAGAUCUCCAUCGACUACAAGAAGAUCAGCACCGAGAAUGGUGACCUCAAGGCUUCCGUGGGUGACCUGGGCCGCAUCAAGCACGACCUCGAACUGGAGAUCCGUCGCUUGGAGGCCGAGAGGAACGAACUGGCCAACGCCUUGCAUGAAUCUGACUCUGCUCGUAAGGAGGAAGAACAUCGCUUCAUCAAGAUUAGCAACGAGUACCAGAGCUACAGGGUUGAGAUUGAGAAGAGACUACACAUCCGCGAAGAGGAGCUCGAGUCGGUCCGUAAGCAGAUGGCGAUAGAGGUAGACAACCUGAAUGCCCGCGUUGUAGAGGCUGAGACUCGCCUCAAGUCCGAGGUGACCAAGAUCAAGAAGAAGAUGCAGGUGACUAUUACCGAGCUUGAGAUGACCCUCGACACAGCCAACAAGUCCAACAUUGACCUCCAGAAGACGGUCAAGAGGCAGGGCAUCUCCCUUCAGGAACUACAAGCCCACUACGACGAGCUGCAGCGUCAACUUCAGCAGACCCUGGACCAGUACGGUGUGGCCCAGCGUCGCCUCCAGAGCCUUACAGCAGAGUACGAGGAGGCCCGCGCCAACCUCGACGGUGCUAUCCGAGGUCGCCGCUCUGUAGAGAUGCAAUACGAGGAAGCGUCCGCACGCCUCAAGGACUUGACCACCAUCAACGUGAACAUCAGCAACGCCAAGGCUAAGCUCGAGCAGGAACUGUGUGUCAUCGCUGGGGACUACGAUGAAGUCAGCAAGGAAUUUAGGCUGAGCGAAGAGAGGCUGAGCAAGACCACCAUUGAGCUGAAGCGAACCAUCGAACUACUGCACGAGGAGUCUGAGCGUUACGUCAAGAUCGAGUCCAUCAAGAAGUCUCUCGAGGUCGAGGUCAAGAAUCUCACCAUCCGCAUUGAGAACGUCGAGGCCAACUCCCUCGCCAGCACCAAGAGGAUGGUGUCCAAGCUGGAGGGCAGGGUUCACGACUUGGAGCUGGCCCUGGAUGAGGAGCAGCGCCGCCACGUGGAGACCAUCAAGUGCCUGAGGAAGAAGGAGCGUAAUGUGAAGGAGCUGGUUCUGCAGUGCGAAGAGGACCACAAGAACAUUCAGAUACUGCAGGAGACACUCGACAAGACUUACGAGAAGAUCAAUGUUUACAAGCGCCAGCUCAAUGAACAGGAGUCCGUGUCAUCGACCAACCUGACCCGCGUGCGCAGGUUCCAGCGAGAGUUGGAGGCUGCUGAGGAGCGCGCAGAGACAGCUGAGAGCAGCCUGAGCAUGAUCCGCGCUAAGCACCGCACCUUCGUCACCUGCCAAACCACGCAGUUGCCCAGUGGCGAGACCGUCAUUGUCAAGGAGACUGUCUCCCAGCAGUAGAGGCCCCUUCCCCCCGCCUCACUCAGUCACCCGAAACACCCACUUCAAUAAUAACAUAUUAUCUUGUCUAUUUUCUUAAACGUGAUAGACAUAUUCAAUCUCUCUAUUCAUAGAGAUUGUUAUUCUAAGAAUCUAUAUAUGUUAAAAUUAAUACUAACUCGUAACAAAUGUAAGACGAAUCAUUUUUAGAACAUCCGCCCAAUUAUAUUGUAACAGAAAAAUGUUUGUAAUUCUUCCUACUAUCACAAUGUGCUGAUUAGAUUGUAAAAAAAAUGGACACAAUAAACGAUUUGUCAUACGCCAGAGAGUGUGAGUACUAUUGCUUAGGAAGCCUGUCCACUGCAGUAGGUCGGGUGCAGCGAAGGUGUGUCCUGCCUGACCACAUGUUGUGUUUAGGGCGUUUAUUCUGACUUAUGAUAGAUCUCCUAUAUGACUUGGGCGUCUCGUCGGGGAGGUUCACGCCCAUACUGACUGUUAUAUACCAUGAAAUUCUACAUGGGAAUCAUUUAAAACAGUUGAGAUUUUUAUAUGGUAUGCAGAAUUACUUGCUACAUUAGAGUCAGGAUAAUAACAAAUCGGUAGUUAAGGGAAAGGAACAAACGACAAACAACCACAUAAAGUAUUGUGUAUCUUACCUUGCAAGUGAGACACUGCGAGGAGAACAUUACUCUGGAUCUAGUGUAGCAAACGGCAGGGAUGCCUCGGACACUGAACUAUGACCAAGGUCACACUCCCGCCUCUGGCCCACUGUCAGGAGGUUGGAGUGACUCACCCCCUAGUUUAACAUGUGUGUAAAAUGUAAUUAGUUGUGAAUAUAAACAAGUUGAUCUAUAUUCCAUACUAAGAAUUUCAAGAAUUACUGGUGUUAGGUUUCGGGGUUAAGUUUAUCAGUGUCGGAUGAGUAGUGUGGCUGGGAUAUACACUGUCUUGCCCACAGUCCCUAACCACAACACCCGGCGGUAUACCACAAGUUCAGACACUCCCUCGCUCACUCUCUACUGAAUCUUACUGUCAGCUUACUGUGCAGUCAACUUCUAAAGUUCGAUCGCCUCUCCUUCUGAACCACGAAACCCGAGAUUCAGACUCAUGAAUCCGAAGCAUUUAUGGUCAAAAUAAUGUAUCAGUAUACUACUUCGGGAUCCCGAACCUGAAUCUCGGGUUGCGUGGUUCAGGAAGAGAGGUGAACGAACUUUAGUAGUUGACUAUACAAUAAAACGUGGUAUCUUAGCCUACAGGAGAACGGACUAAUAUUGGGUACAGUGUAUCGAUGUGUUGUUAAAAGAUUCAACUUGACGAGUAAUGAAGUGAGGCUUUGGGCAGCUUGAACACACACACACACAUUGUAAGGGUGACUGCUUCAACUUCUCAUGCUCCUACUAACACCACUCGUGAGAUAAUUAUUAACAUACUUCAGUUAUAGAACAAACAAUAUGUUUUCCUUUGUGUACGACUCUGCUGCACUAUACUGCAUUAGAGAGUCCAAGUUCUCACAUGAUAAAGCUAGCUAAACUUCUCUUAUAUCUCUUGUUUGGAUUUAAAGGAUUCUCACGCUAUUUAUGAGCGUUUGGUCCGAGACUCUGUGAUGUGGAAAAAAUAUUCGUGUGUUAUCGAUGUAUUACUCUUAAGUUGAAUUCAAACAUUGCCUGAAGAUUCGUGCUCAGAAUUUAUAAAUGAAAUCAGAUUAUAAAUUUCACCCUUCAUACCUUUCUCUUCCUAUGUUCUGACUGACGUCUCAUCUUACCCUGUUUACAUUGUUCACCCUCCGCUAGUCGAUCUUUCAGCUGUAGGCCUACAGUACAACGCUAACAGUCACUAAUAUAUCAUGUAUAAAGAUGACAUCGUGAUACUUAAAUAUAAAAUAAUGGGAGGGUGACUUGCAAUUUUAAUAUUUUUUAUUCCUAAAAAUCCCAUAUCUGGAAGACUACUAUAAACUGUAGGUACCACUGUGUAGCUUGUAGUAGACGGAGAUAACGUGUUUCAACGUGUCUGUAUUCCCGACAGCUCUUAAGACUUUCUCUUGUAAUGAACGUAACACUCUUCCUGGGGUACACAGAACAUAAGUUGUGCAUGUGGUGGUUCGUGGUAUUGUUGUGUAUUGUAACGCUAUUGUUGAUCCUGCGGGAUCAACGCCAUUAUUAGAAAGUCAAUAAAAGAGCUUGGUCUU